AUGUCCGCCCUCUCCGCCCGCGCGAACAUCGCGCACGGUCGCCCGCGCGUCGCUCGCGGCGCGAACGCGCGCGCGACCCGAGCGUCGCGUCACGUCGUUCGCGCUGGAAGGUUUGAGACGGAGCGCACGUACAUCAUGAUCAAGCCGGAUGGUGUCCAACGGGGACACGUCGGGGAGAUCAUCUCGCGGUUCGAGAAGAAGGGGAUGGUGCUCAAGGCGUUGAAGACGUACCAGUGCCCGAAGGCUGUGGCCGAGGAACACUACAAAGAUCUCUCCUCCAAGCCGUUCUUCGGAGAUUUGGUGAACUACAUCUGCUCCGGUCCGGUCGUGGCGAUGAUCUGGGAGGGUCCGGGCGUGGUCAAGAGCGCGCGCUUGCUCAUCGGCGCCACGAACCCGCUCGAGUCCGCCCCGGGGACGAUUCGUGGUGAUUUGGCCGUCGAGGUCGGACGUAACGUCAUCCACGGAUCGGACUCCGUCGAAUCUGCCGAGCGUGAGAUCGAGCUUUGGUUCGGCGACAAGGCUGGUGUCGUGGACUGGACCCCGACCAUCACGCCGUGGGUCCGGGAAUAA